UGGAGAUGACCUUUGACCCUUCCUGUAGACUUUGUGCUCCAGGAAGCGAUUCUUUGGAUCAGCGCAGCUUUGGUUCAAACAUCAGUUAAACUACAGCAAUGCAUUCUGGGCCCGACUUCGGCGCCGCUCAUCAUGACUAAAGAGGAAAACGUGCAGGAGCAGGAGAAGGAGAGGCAGGACCACGAGGAGCAGGAGGAGGCCCGGGUUCAGAGGGAGGAGGACGAGGAGCUGACCGAGGAAGAGGAGGAAUAUGAGGUAGAGGAGGAGAGGACAGAGGUGGAGAACGAGGAGCAGGAUGAGCGAGAGGAGCAGGAGGAAGAGGAGGCUCCUCCAGAUGAACCAGCGGCUGAGCCGGUUCCUGAGAUCCAGAGUCCGGUUCAGGAGCCGGCCCGCCGGGCCAUGGUCCACCCGUCGGCCCAGGCACCGCUGCCCAAAGACUACGCCUUCACCUUCUUUGACCCAAAUGACCCAGCGUGUCAGGAGAUCCUGGCUGACCCGCGGACCUCCAUCCCCGAGCUCUUCGCCAUCGUCCGCCAGUGGGUCCCGCAGGUGCAGCACAAGAUUGACGUCAUCGGAAACGAGAUCCUGAAGCGCGGUUGCCACGUGAACGACCGAGACGGGUUGACCGACAUGACGCUGCUUCACUACAGCUGUAAGGCUGGAGCUCAUGGAGUCGGCGACCCGGCGGCGGCGCUGCGGCUCACCAGUCAGCUGAUGUCGUCGGGUGCCGAUGUGAGUCUGCGGAGCCGUUGGACCAACAUGAACGCGCUGCACUACGCUGCCUACUUUGACGUCCCAGAGCUGAUCCGAGUCCUGCUCAAAGCCGCCAAACCCAGAGUGCUGAACUCCACAUGCAGUGACUUCCACUACGGCACGGCUCUCCACAUCGCCGCCUCCAACCUCUGCCUGAGUGCGGUGAAAUGUCUGCUGGAGCACGGCGCCAACCCCACCGUCAGGAAUGAUAAGGGCCAGGUUCCAGCUGAGGUGGUUCCGGACCCGAUGGACAUGAGCCUGGACAAAGCCGAGGCGGCCAUGGUGGCCAAAGACCUGAAGCAGCUGCUGCUGGACGCCGUGCCGCUCAGCUGUAACCUCCCCAAGGCAACGCUGCCCAACUACGACAACAUUCCCGGAAACCUGAUGCUGGUGGCGCUGGGGCUGAAGCUGGGUGACCGGGUGGUUCUGGACGACCUGAAGACCGGAACCCUGCGGUUCUGUGGAACCACGGAGUUCGCCAGCGGUCAGUGGGUCGGGGUGGAGCUGGACGAGCCAGAAGGGAAGAACGACGGCAGCGUGGGCGGAGUCCGCUACUUCAUCUGUCCUCCGAAGCUUGGUAUUUUUGCUCCGGUUUCAAAGAUUUCCAAAGCUGUGGAUCCGACUCCGUCCUCGGUUACCUCUACCCCCAGAACCCCCCGCAUGGACCUGGCCUCCCGCCUGGCUGGGAGAACCAAGAAGGAGAAGAAGGAGAAGGACAAAGCCCAAAAGAAGAAGACGUCCGUGGCUAGUCUGGACCCGGAGGGGACAAACGUGGAGGUGGGGGACCAGGUUCUGGUGGCGGGUCAGAAACUCGGCACCGUUCGCUUCUACGGGAAGACGGACUUUGCUCCAGGGUUCUGGUUUGGUGUGGAGUUGGACCAGCCCACUGGGAAACACGACGGCUCCGUGUUCGGGGUCCGAUACUUCAGCUGCCUGCCCAAAUAUGGAGUGUUUGCUCCGCCCUCCCGGGUCCAGAGGAUCGGAGGACCUAAAGAAGGCUCCCAGAACGACGGCUCCAUGGUGAAGAAGGUUCAUCAAGUCUCCGUGUCACAGCCAAAAAGAAACUUCCACACCAUGAGAUCUCCUAAAGAUCUGACCUCCGAAAGCUCCAUAUCCAGGUUGCUGUUCUGCUGCUGGUUUCCAUGGAUGCUCCGCGCUGAGAUGCAGUCCUAACCUCCGCACCGACCUCCACGUUCUCUCCAUCGCUCCGUUCUCUCCAUCGCUAACCCCAACCCUACCCUGCUGGUGAAGCCCCGCCCCCUGUCUUCUUCUUCUCCUGGUUUAGCCGUUCUAUAGCAAAAUCUAUAGUGCCUUGUAUUUGAUUAACCGAGUCCAAGCUAAAGCUCUGAAAUCCGCCCUGCCUCUCUGGCGCCACCUGGUGGCCUGGAACGGUCAGCGUGUGUUUCCGCCUCAUGGUUCUGUUUUGCUGCAAUCAGCUGGGAGGAUGGCUUUGAUCCGGUCGUUCAGAACCAGAGUCUGGCUCUGGACGGGUUUCCAUUGUUAGGUGAUGAUAUCAGACCCAGCCGGCUGCUGAUUGGGUGAGAUCCAGAACUUUGUUUACCCUCCAUGUGUUCCUCUAAUGUCCUCCAUGUUUAACCAGGAAACAGGGUUGAUCGUCUGCACUGCUCCGUUUUUACCUCAGCGUUUAGAUUUUACAGAUAAAUUCAAUUAAAUCCCCAACAAGUUUCACACACCGCAGUAAAAAAUCAUUUCAUAAUCAAAAUGAUUUUAGAAUCUUAAAGACGGUCAGAAUAAAAAACGAAAUGCAGACUUUGAUCCAUUGACAGCCUUUUACAUAAACAUUUUAUUUAUGCUUGUUUUUAUAUUUCAGAAUGUUUAGCAAAAUUAAAAUGAUGCUGCUUUAUAAUAAGAUAUUUAUAUCAUGCCUCAGUAAAUACCAGAAGGUUCUCAAUGAAAUGCUUCAUUUUAGUUCUGGUUCAUCAAAGUCACUUUUUAUUUUUACUGCUUGAACAUUUGGCCUCAGAUCUCACCGUAUGCAGACGACUCGCUGCUUUUCCUCUGUUCUUUUGAUGCUCACAGACCUUUACAACCUGAAGUUGAUCCACACAGUGCUAAUUUUUCCUGUUUCUUUUCCACCCAAACCAGAUGUUUCUCCAGAUGCAACUUGUGAUGCUAGUGAUGUAAAAGCUAGCGCUACACAGACUCUGGAUCUGCUAACUCUGUUGUCUCAGCUAAGCGUUGCUGUUUGUGGGCCACAGUGAUAGUGGAAAUUUGUCUUUGUACAGUAAACGUGGAGUUACAGUUCACUGUCAGCUUUGUAAACGUGGACUUUCCCUGGUUUGGCCACCAGGUGUCACUAUAAUCCCCUUUUAGCCUGAAUUCUUUGCAUAACUGUUUAUUUGCAGCUUAUAACCGGUUCGGACUGGUUCAAACCGGUUCGGUCUGGUUCAAACCGGUUCGGACUGGUUUGGACCAGUUUGGACUGGUUCAAACCGGUUCGGACUGGUUUGGACUGGUUUCGGACUGGUUUGGACCAGUUUGGACUGGUUCAAACCGGUUCGGACUGGUUCAAACCGGUUCGGACUGGUUUGGACCAGUUUGGACUGGUUCAAACCGGUUCGGACUGGUUUGGACCAGUUCGGACCAGUUCGGUUCUGUAACUACCAGCUGUUAACUUCACUUCCUUGCUGUCAGGUUUUAAAAAUACUCAUUUCAACAUUUUCAAACAGAAUUUGCUUCAUUAACAACCAACAGGUUCAUUUGUCUCGGAUGUUAUAAAAAACCUUCCAGUGAUGGAUUCAGUUUUAUAUCUGUAAAUAUUGAAACUGAACCAGCAGGAAAGUAAAGCUAUCCUUACAGGAACUAACUCAGCUCUGGUUGUUUGGUUGAGUCUUAAUGAUCUACAGUGUAUAGCUUAUAUUUUGAUAACUUCACUAAGUGUCCCUUUUGUUUUGGUAUUUUAUGGGUCGUGUGUUCGGUUCCAGCCGGUGUGAGUGGGUCGGACCAGUUGGAUAAACUCACUGCAUGCUCUCUGUCUGUAACCUCCCUCAGUAUUUUCUGAUUGUUGCGUUUUCAGACUGUAUCUUCCUCUCAUCAGCAUGAAAAUGCUUCAAAUAUUAAUAACUAUCAAUAUAAUAAAGAUUUGAUGUUUUUCUAA